UUCCCUUCUCGAGUCCGCGCACGCUGGUCACGUGGUGGCUCUUGCGGGGGUGGCCUGCGCGGUCCGCCGCGUCGCGGGGCUGCGGAAGGCUUUGGUUGCGCGCAAGAAGCGUAGUGCGGGAGGAGGCAGGCGGGCAGGGAGGGUCUGUAUGAAGCAAGCCCCAGGAUGGUCCUGGGCGUCGGUGGCUCUGCGGUGGGGCGCAGGGGGUGGUUGAAGGCUUAAAAGGUCGCGGGGGUGGGGGGGUGUUCCCCUGUCCCGAGCAGAGCUGGAUGGGGCGGCCCUUGCCACCAUGGAGGGGGUGCUGUACAAGUGGACCAACUAUCUGAGCGGCUGGCAGCCUCGGUGGUUUUUUCUCUGUGGCGGUAUCUUGUCAUAUUAUGACUCUCAGGAAGAUGCCUGGAAGGGUUGUAAAGGAAGCAUCCAAAUGUCCGUCUGUGAAAUUCAAGUUCACCAUGCAGAUAGUACUCGGAUGGAUCUGAUUAUUCCUGGAGAGCAGUACUUCUAUCUGAAAGCCAGAAACGCAGCUGAGAGGCAAAAGUGGCUGGUUGCACUUGGAACUGCCAAGGCCUGCUUGACAGACAGUAGGACACAAAGAGAAAAAGAGCUCACUGAAAACACCGAAGUCUUGAAAACCAAAAUGUCAGAGCUUAGACUGUACUGUGACCUCCUUGUUCAGCAAGUGGAUAAAACUAAGGAAGCUAGCAUUUGUGGUGUAUCAGAAUCAGAGAAUGGAAUUGAUAUGGGAGCUCUGUUGAAAUCGACAUGUAACACAUUCCUGAAGACUCUUGAAGAAUGUAUGCAGAUUGCAAAUGUGGCCUUCUCUUCUGAGUUAUUACAUUGCACCCCAUCGGGAUCUCCACACUUGGCUGUUCUCAAAUUAAACAAGGUAACCCCUCCCGUCUCCUCUAGUAGCACUACAACAGAAAGGCAGAUGGAAUUGAACAGUUGUGAAAAUGGCUCCGUAAAGGCAGAAACUAAUCAUUGUGAACAAACCCCGAUUCGCACUCUGAUACCCUCACAUCUGAAAUCUAAUGAGGAAGACUGUGACAUUUCAGCUGAAGACCAUGUAGAAAAGAAGUUGACAGGUGAUGAAGUUAAAGACGAUGGAGAAAGCAAGAUGCUGCCCAUAGAGGGCAACAGUGCUAACGAAUCGCUGCAGUUGGCAAUGGAUUCCAUAAGCGGACCAGCUCCAUCACGCUGGAAAGAAGGAAAAGAAGAGGAUUUACCUACCUUCUUCAGUGUCAUGAACAUUAGGUUUAGUGACAUUGAACUCCAGAAGGGUGACGGCAUACCCACAGAGGAAUUUCUGCAAUCGUGUUAUGCGAUAGUGCCAGUCUUGGACAAACUUGGACCAACGGUCUUUGCUCCUGUUAAAAUGGAUUUUGUAGGUAAUAUCAAGAAAAUAAAUCAGAAAUAUAUAACCAACAGAGAAGAGUUCAACACUCUGCAGAAGAUAGUGCUCCAUGAAGUGAGUGCUGACGUAGCACACGUUAGAAACUCUGCAACUGAGGCCCUUUUGUGGCUAAAAAGAGGCUUAAAGUUUUUGAAGGGAUUUUUGACGGAAGUUAAGAAUGGAGAAAAGAAUAUUCAAACAGCUCUGAACAGUGCUUAUGGCAAGACCUUACGGCAGCAUCACGGCUGGGUUGUGCGAGGGGUUUUUGCGUUAGCUUUAAGGGCAGCACCAACGUAUGAAGACUUUGUGGCAGCAUUGUCUGUGAAGAAGUGUGAUGAUGAUCAGGAAGGAGCUUUUUAUAAUGCAAUGCAGAGAGACCUCAACAUUUACUUGCCAGCCAUGGAAAAGCAGCUGAAUAUCUUGGACACUCUCUAUGAAGUACAUGGGUUGGAGUCAGAUGAGGUGGUAUAACCACAAUGAUACAGUACCUCAAAACUUCAGGCACUGCAUUUAACGAGCUUUUCUGAAUGCCGUUUCUCCAUUGUAUCUUUCCUUAGCAUGGGAGGUGGAGGAAUCGGUGUGCGUGUGUAUUUUUAAUCCUUGCUUCAGUUUAAAUGCAGUGGUGCUGUUUCUUUGAAGGCCGCAACUGUCUGCAUGGUGAAUACCUUUGGGCUAAAUAAUUCUUCUUUUUACAUGAAUGUAACAGAGCAGAAUUAGGCCUUCUCGCUCCAGUGCACACUACUGGCACCCCAAGUGCAGAGAGGCAGCUUUGAUGAGAGCACUGAUGGUGUGCUGAUGUCGUCAUUUUGCUCUCACCCUGUUCUGUGCCUGUCCACGUGCUGAGAUGCUAGUCUCCAUUUCACUGGUCUUCUCUCCAUCUGAAGUUAGCAGAGGGGCAGGGCUAGUGAGAGCUGUGCUGCACUGAUAGCAGAAGAGGGGGUAGUAGAACUCUCUACCUUAUUAACUUAGUGGUUAGUCUGGUCCCAUAUUGAGGUAAAUUUUGGGUUGCAUCCUUGUGUUUUAUACUGGUGACUUGAUUUUACUCGCAGCCCUGUUUUAAAAAAAUUUACAGUAAAGACUGUUACUGCAAGUGUUGCCUUGAUGGCCAGGGUCCCUGGGCCUCCCCUAAGGUUCAGCCUGUCACACUAGGCAUGCUCUCCCUGUGCUGUCCUAGGUAUUGUCCACCUCCUCAAAGGUCCAUGAAAACAAGGUUGUCUCUUUCAGUGUUAGUAAG